UGGUGCGGCGCGUCGGGCGGGCGGCGGCUGGGCGGCCCAGGGGCUGCCGCGGGACUCGGGGCGCAGCCGAGCGGCUGCAGGGGUGGGGCGAGCCGGACGCGCCCCGGGGCCCGGGCGCCGCGGGUUCGAGGCCGGGCCCGGCGCGGGGAGGCCGCGCCGCCCCGGGGGAGCUGCCCGGCGGUGAGUUUGCCCCGCAGCCGAAAGAAGGCGGGAGCCGGCGGGGGCCCUCGGAACCCCCUGGCAAGCCGGGCCCGGAGUCCCCGGGGAGCGGCUGCUUCCUGGGGCGCCUUCCCGGACGCCCCCGCCCAACGGCAGCGGUUCCGGGCCCCCGGCGGCAGGCGCGUCCGGGUGACCCCCGGCGGGGCCCUGCGAGCCGCGGGAGCCGACCCCGGGGCCUCGAGCGGGGAGGAAGGGGCUUCCCCGAGGCGCGGGGCCGGCGGCCGGAGGAGCGCGAGCGCGGCGGAGCGGGGCCGGGCCUCCCCGGCGCGGGGCAGGGCAGCGCCGGGUCUGCGGACGGACUCCGGGACCCUCGGGCGCGGGGGCCUGGCCGACCUGCCCCGCGGGGCGCGCGGCCGCGGAGUGGCCUGCCGGGGGUCCCCCCGCAGAGGGGCCGGCCCGGGGCGGGGAGAUGAACGGCUUCAGCACGGAGGAGGACAGCCGCGAAGGGCCCCCCGCCGCCCCCGCCGCCGCCCCGGGCUACGGCCAGAGCUGCUGCCUCAUCGAGGACGGCGAGCGCUGCGUCCGGCCCGCGGGCAACGCCUCCUUCAGCAAGAGGGUCCAGAAGAGCAUCUCGCAGAAGAAACUCAAGCUGGACAUCGACAAGAGCGUAAGGCACCUGUAUAUCUGCGACUUCCACAAAAAUUUCAUCCAGAGUGUACGAAAUAAAAGGAAGAGGAAGACAAGUGACGAUGGUGGAGAUUCUCCUGAGCACGACACUGACAUUCCUGAGGUUGAUCUGUUCCAGCUGCAGGUGAACACUCUACGACGUUAUAAACGACACUACAAAUUGCAGACCAGACCAGGCUUCAAUAAGGCCCAGUUAGCAGAAACUGUCAGCCGACACUUCAGGAACAUACCUGUGAAUGAAAAAGAGACGCUUGCCUACUUCAUCUACAUGGUGAAGAGUAACAAGAGUAGACUGGACCAGAAAUCGGAGGGUGGCAAACAGCUUGAGUGACGAUGAAGCACAUCAAGGAAUGAAGUGUAAUGCUGAACACACAGGUGACAUCUGCUACGUUUAAGCCCAUAAAGACUGUUAAAUUUUAUUGUAAAUAAAAAAGUUUGAAUGAUGAAUACUGUAAAUCUUUUUGGUCAGGAGAAUUAUAUUCUCAUGAUGCAGCAUGUGUAUACAAAGACUUUCCUUUAAGGCAACUACCGGACUGAAAAAAGAUCGCUAAGAGAUUUAAAAACUAUGUAUUGCAGCAUUCAACAAAGCAUUAAGUCAAUUCUACUGGAAAUGUGGGAUAGAAAAUAUUUUGAUACUCACCUUGUAAAACCACUCUGCCUUGUGUGAGAUGUAGCCCUGGAAUAGCAGUGGGGUGCAGCUAACUGCAGGAGCCUGAGUAGACACAAGUCUGCUAGGAACAGACAAGCCCUGCUUUGUUGUGAACUUUGUCGUUGAUCAGCAAAUGAGUUUGACAGCAGUCCCCCUCACUGGCCCUGUGCCUGGCACACAGUAGGCACACACUCAGUAUUUGUUGGCUAAUUGCACUGGCCCUGUACCAUCUGCUUCACACCUCUAGUUAAUGAGCCCUCUGCCAUAUCUGUUGCUCACCACUUAAUUUCUAGAGUGUGGAGGAAACCCUGAUGCAUCAACAGGUUUCUCAUCAGAAGAGGAUUUGAGGGCAGUUGCAUAUACCAAGCUAUGUUCGUAAAGGUUCCAGAAACACUGGUACAGGGACCCUCACAGAAGACGCAGCCCUUUGCACAUCACUCUGGGCUUUACUUUGGUGGGGAGAGUUAGGAAUUGUGACUUUAGUCACCCUCCCAGGCCAUAAAUGCUUUGACAAAUGGAGAUACUUAGUUAUUUGGGACUCAUGUUUUCAGAAAUACUAAUCCUUAGUUCACAACCACCAAGAAAGCUGCCAAGGAUCAUGUGAUUCCUGCUCAGAAGUCCAGUUCUGGGAUAAAAAGUCUGACUGGCCUUGACUCCCUGGGCUUGGGGUCAACAGCAAGUCAUGGGUUUGAGUAACAAUGGUCAGUGCUAUCUGAUAUUCAUUUUUGUGAUCAAUUUGCCUCCCUUUUAAAAAAGGGGGAAAGAUUGCUGAAGCAAAUUUUUAAAAAUAUGAAUAAUUACCUGAUUUUUUUUUAAUGUUCAGAAACUCAGAUUCCUUUAUCUAUGUCAGAGCCAAAGUCUCCUUUGAAAACAAAGCUUUAUAUCCAAAAAUAUGCUUUUGCAAAAGUUUCUAAUCAGUGUGUUAGGGGACAAAGGUUGUGAAUAGGGGGUGGGAGAAAAGAGAAGAAAAGGACUUGGAUUCUAAUUUCUGACCAUCUUGACAUGUAUUGUGGUCAAAAGUAUCAUUUUCUUAUUCAGUUUUAAUUGUGAGUGCUUUCUUAAGCCUUAAAUUAUAAAAGGAGCCGUGGAUGGCCUGACCCGGCAGAGAGUUUAAGUGUCUCAAAUGGCUCACUCUGAGCAUCAGCACAGAGAAGUCAGAACAAAACCCCUACUAAGCUCACUGCCCAAAGGCUCAGUCCUGUGGGGCAGAGAACCGUGCCGACUGGGGACAGGCCACCCCUCUCACUAAAAUGCAGUGUGUUCCAUUGCAGCAAAGUGUUCACCAGUGUUCAAAAUGCAUGUCUAGCAGAUUGCAGCCUUUUAAAAUAUGUAUACAUGAAUGUACAUAGAACAUACUGUAGAUUAAGACAGGAUCUUAUUUUAAUACACCCAGCUAUGGAUAGCACAUCAAGGUGCCCAAGAAGUGUUUUUAGCCAUUUCAAGUUGAGUCUGUAGAGAUUGGUUGAAGAGUGUUGAUGUGCAGACAUCAAGAAGGCUCCAAGGUAUGUUGCUUACAAAGAUUCUUCUCCUGAGAGACUUAAAAAGUCUUGAAGGCACCAAGCCCCCCUUUGUCAAGGGGAGUGUUUUCUCAUCAGUUUGGUGGCGGUAGGGGCGCUCAGAUGAUGGCGACAGGUUAAAGCAUUGGUAGUCUGCUCUCUGGGAAUGUCCGCCUCUUACUAAGAAAUGUAUCUUUCUGAUGUUUAAGCGAGAACUGCCGAUGUGUAGGUCAUGUCACUAUUUCUUUAACAGCAAAUUUGUUUCCCAGUGGAGAGAGACAGCAGUAUAUUUUUGUACAGGAAGCUGUGGUGUUAGGAUCCAUCUGUUCACGUGUGUCUGUAAAUACUUUUGUUCCAAUGUGAAGCCUGGGGAAACGUUCACCUUCAGCCAGAUGCUGUGCACACUUGAGUCCCCUGCCACCUUUCCUCAAAAGAGAGAUACUUUUAGAAAAUGGAGGUUGUGGGUAUGUUUUCAACCUUUGAAAACAUGUCAGAGGGAAAAGACAAAACUAUGUGAACUUAAUGAUUUUCUUGUGUGCGGAGAUCUGUUCUUUCAUCAAACCACUAAGCCACUUGCCUUAGCCUCUUCUGCGAUUUCCCAUGGCUUAACCUGUGGGCAGAAGACUUCUGCCUGUUAGCAAUGGCUGGGCCCUCUGAAGCAGUGGAGUCUGGGGAAAGCAGUGUUCAUCUUGGCUGCCUACAUUUUUAUACACCUGCCAAGGACUCUUUGCGCUUCUCUCCACCUGUAAUGUUGCAACAUUGCCUUCUCUCCUCUUGGUGCUCCUGGGCAAAACUGGAAUGUGAAAUCCAGAGCUGACAUUGUCUUCUUAAAGAGGAUGGUUCCUGCCUCGGUCCAGCCUGGUAUGACUCUCUCAUAUGCCCUGCAGGUUGUCACAUGGAAAUGUCAGUAUCCUGCCACUCGUGUUGCUUCGAUUUAGGGUUUUAAAAAAACAAAUGGACAGACUUCUUAUUUCAACAAGCAAACUCUUAGGUUGGCAACAGCAUGCGAAAAAGCUCAUAGCCGAAUCCCAUGAAAGACUGAAACCAAAGGCUUCGAGAUUGGCAUCGUAAAAUGACAAGGAAUUUCACUUAUGUGUUAGAGCCGCCAAGUUGUCCGAUGUUCCUGUCACAGCUAAAUAGUCACUGCUCGCCUUCCAGAGAACAGAUAUUAAUAAUUGUUUGCAGCUGGAAUGUUGCAUCUAACCUCGGCAUUUCAGCUGCUUGUUUUGUGGGAACUUUGUGGCUAAUAUCCCACAGGACAGCUGCCUGGUGGAAGGGAGAAAGUAGGAGAGGGGACUUCCUCAGGGGGACCUUGUCUGUUGAAAUAGGCUGUCCAGACCGUGGGUCCUAGAGAAGUUGCUUCAUGGAAGUCACCUGAAGGCUCUCAGUUGUUAUAAUGGUGAGAUCCCAAAGUUGGGAAAGGGUCUUUAAGUCAUCGGUCCAGUCUCCCCACAGGUGCUGACAUCUGCCUACAACUGUCCCACCCAGGGUUUGAGCAGUCUGGGCUUAAACACCUCUGAGGACAGGGAACUCACUACCUCCUGGGAAGCCUGCUCUAUCUCUAUAAACCUCUGGCUUUUCUGUGUUCUCUGUCACUUCCAUCUUAAUCUCUGCCCAGUGGGGGCCAUAUGGAACGGGUUGUUCAUCUUGGCCAAGGACCUAAUUGCUGGCACUGUACCAGGGCAGAGCAGUUGUUUUUUGGAAAGGAGCAGCUAGCAGUUAGAUACUUUGGUGCCCUGACUGUCCUUCCCCCUCAGCACAGGUCCUUUUAGUUCCCUGUUAAUGGAGGUUGCAGAAACCUCGUCAGCCUGGUUCUCCUCCCAUGUUCUUGCUGAAGCAGUUUUAGGGGGUGGGGAGGAGUUGCUGUCAUCCUGAUAAAAAAUAAUAACCUAAGAAGGGAUGGGGCACUAAUUUCAUGCCUGCCCCACAAAAACUGAUGCUCACAUCACUUAGGAAAAAUUUUAGCUAGAAGAUUGUAAAAUAUUGCUCUGUGUGGAGUUUAAAGGUUCCGUGGCUUCUGAGGGCUUAUACCUUAAGAUUUCUGCAGGUACUUCCCACAUUGUUUUUAUCGAGAAAACAAAGCUUAGGACCUUGGAGGAGAGGCAUACCACAGGCCUCUGUGUCUGAGUAGACAUAUAUGUUCAAGCUAGAAAGUCCUGUGAGGUUGCUCUUGCCCCAUCAUUCAUUUUAAAGACAGGAGACUAAAAUUCAGAACUUGUCUGAGUCACGUGGCACUGUCUGGAUUAACCUCUGGUCCUCCUGACCUAUCCAGAGCUCUUCUCACUCUCUGACAGGCACAUGUAUGGAAUCCUGUCUAAAGCAAGCUGCCUGCAGAUUCUUGAGACCUUGCCACUGAGCACAGAGGUUCCUGAGGCCAUCCUGGCUCCCAGGGGCUGUGAACCCACCUGCUGAACUCCAGGCUGUGUGAAAUGAUUAGGAAGAGAGUCCACUGAGUUUCACCAAAUGAACAUGAGGGGAGAACAGAACUAGUUUAUGAUUUAAGACCAGGGUUCUAAAGUCCUGGCAGGAAUCCUAGUGUCCUAGAAUCUCAAUUCUCACAAGAUGGGCUUGCUCUGAGAUCUGUUGGUCAGACUUCUGCCUUUCAGGUGGUGGUUUGGGGUUGUGUCACUCAGCUGGCCCCCAUGCAGACAGACACAGCUCUGAGGCCCUGUGAUUCAUGGCCUCCCAGUCCCUGUUACUGGGCUAAAAGGACAAGUAAGCCCAAGGCCAUGGCCUGGGAAGCAUGGUGCUUUGGGUGCCUUUUUAUUCCCUUCACUUUUUACAGACUGGUUCCAAGUUCAAGGUUAGGAAGGGUAAAGUUGAUCCAGCGUUUUGUGGUGGUGUCUAGUCUGGGGCAAGGUGGGACCUCUUCUUAAGGUAGAAAUGUCUACAAUCAGUUAUUUCAUCUGGCUUGCAUCCUAAACCACGGACCCUUCGGUUUUUCUCACUCAAUGAACACAUGUUCGCCAGUAACGGAAGGUUGUACGGGACCCCGGUUUCACAUGUCUGCUAUCCGUUAUGCCCAUCAGAAUGUUUUUGGGGUGUGGGUUUGUUUUCCAUUUUGUAACUGCCUUAUCAAAAAGCAAGUGCCCUUCCAUUCCAGGCCUCCUCAUACUGUAUUGUUUCCUGCCAAAUUCGGGGGAUCAUUUGUAUUUUAAUUUUGUAAUCUAUGGCUCUGUACUGUUGAAAGGCUCUCAAUCCUGUGGGGUCUCCUUAGUAUGUAUGUGAUUUUUCAUGUUGCAAUAUCACACAGAUGGGAUGGCCCGACUUUCGCUCUUAAUAAACGAUCUGAAUGAGUAACGAGA